AUGAAUAAGUUGAUCAAGAAAGUGAUCAUUAGCGUAGGAGCUAUUGGACUAGUGCAGCUGGCUCAUGGAAGAUCUGUGCCAUUCAACCCAAAUAAGCUGAAUCUGCUGCAGAACAGCAACUGGAUGGUGAUGCCCGCAAACACUCUGUUUAUUUAUAAAGGAGAAGAGAACAAAACUGUUGAAGCUCCGGUGGUUGAGGAAAGACUAGCGCUCGAAGCGCCCGGAAAAGAAGAUCUGAAGUACGGGCCCAAUGUCAAGUCGCUAAGAGCAAGACUACUAAAUCUCUUUAAAAAAUCUGAACCCGUGGAAGAGGAAAAAAAAAUAGAGCUUGUGGAGCUCGUAGAAACAGAGAACGAGAUAGAGCAGGAAAGAGUGGUGGAGCAGGAGUUUGUCCAGGGCUCUGAAUACGAGGCAGAAGUAGAGCAGAGCUCGCACGCUGUCGUCAUAAGCGCAGAAAAAACAGAUAUCAACAACAACUCUGUAGUAGAAAAUCAGGUACUAGAGGUAGUGAACACAGAGACAGAGGAAAAAGUGGCCUGCACGUCUCUGGUACUGCACAGCAAAGCAGUAGUAGAAGAGGGCGCCUUCGAGAACGUUGCAGCACCUGCAAAAGUUGCAGAUGUCGUUGAGAUUGACGAGGUGCCUGUAGUAGAGCCAGAGAUCGUAGUAGCAGAAGAGAAAAAGGAGAUCGCCGUUGUAGCACCACAGCCUGAAGAAGAGCUGUACUAUUUCUGGGUUGACACUCUGAUUGAUGGAACAACAGUCACGAGACUAAUAACCAGAGACGAGUGUAUCCGCCUGAACAAGGAGGCCAGAGCAGUAAUGCUGGAAACUGAAGAAGCCAACAAGUUCCUGUACAACAUCUCAAACAACAUUGAGAAGGCAAAAGACAGCGCAAAGCUGCUUACUUUGUCAUCGAUACUGUACAAGGUUGCAUCUGUGAUAAUGAACUCCUGGGACAAGCCAUUCAGCGCUCUAAGAGUCUACGGCAUCUCAGUCUUUUCGCUCUUCAUGCCCAUCAUAGCACUGAUCGAUCUGCUCGACAAGAGACACCACAGACAAAAGGGAAUUAUGCUGAGCAUAUACGCUAUUCUGGCUGUGUACCAGAUAAAAUCCAUCAUUGUGGUGGGAAACAACGCAACAUUCACCAACACAAUCAUAAUGAACAUGGCAGCAAUUUCUGCUCUGUGCAGCAUUGUCUACCUCUUCGCCAUUGAGUACGCAGCAAGAACAAAACACAACGAGCAGUUCCCAGGACAGAGAAGAAAGAACACUGCAAGAGCAGCAUCGUUCAUAUCCCUCGUGUGCAUUGGCCUGCUAGCAGCUCUGGCAUACAUCCAUCCCUUCAGCGUAGAAAAACCAAACCUCAUCUCGCAAUCUCUGUUCAUACGCACCCCCCAGAACAUCUACAACAUCAUACACGCAUCCAUUGCUGUUUUGUCAUACUGUGCUUCGAUCAUGAUCCUUAACAUGAGACCCACAGUUGACAUAAUGAACAAGACAGAAAAAAUAAGAGUGGGUUUAAGAAUUGGACAGAUUCUCGUGGCAAUGGUGCUCGGCAUGAUGCUCACACAGACUAUCCAGCCAGAGUACUCUGUCAUGAGCACACAGCUGAUACAGCUGGCUCUGAUUGUUACAGGACUGAGCAUUCUGUUCGGAAACGGGGCAAGAUACCUCCCAGAAGACUCGGUGGUUAAGAGACACAGAAAUACCAUCUCCAUGGUUAUUUUUGCAAUUUCCGCCAAGAUACUUCUCUCUCUGGCUGUCUAUCUGAUCAUCAAGAAGCUCGGCAUGGAGAAGGAGGCUCUUGCAUUCGUUAUGAAGGGACAGAGCAAACUAUCUCAGAUGUAUUUGGCUCUCAAUCAGACAGCCGCUGGGAAGUUCUUCUUCUCGGUAAUAGCGUACAUCAAAGCCAUGCUCAUCAGCGGAGCAGAGAAACUCAGUGAGCUCAAGUGCCAGAUGGAAGAAGGAUUCAACAAGUCACUCCACUGCAUUGCGGGUGCUGCAAAUGGGCUGAAACAGCACGUUGCAGGAACAAAAGCAAAUGUUUAG